ACCUCCUUAUUUCUCUGUCGAUCCAUUUCGACUUCUUCCAGAAGCUUCUUUCUCUUUCUCUGCGAGUAUUUAAUCUCGUGUUUUCCCAGUUUCCUAUCCAUUAAUCCUGAGAUUAUAUCAUCAAUUUCUAUGGAGACAAUUUUGGACAAGGAAAAUUUUACACUAGAGGAGCUUUUCAAUGAGGAAGAAAUAAUCCAAGAAUGCAAAGCUCGUAAUGACCGGCUCAUAAAUUUGGAGAGGACUCAUGUUGAACAACUUGUUCGGUAUAUAGUGGAAGAACCUCCUGAAGAUGCAGAAGAUGCGAGAAUUUUUAAGUUCCCUUUUUUUGCUUGUGAGAUUUUUACUUGUGAAGUUGAUAUCAUUCUCAAAGCCUUGGUUGAGGAUGAAGAGUUGAUGAACCUGCUCUUCUCCUUCCUUGAACCAGAAUACCCUCGUAGUGCUCUAUUGGCUGGCUAUUUCAGUGAAGUUAAUCAAUUAGUCACUUUGAGUUUCGUGGUGAAAAGCCUUUUGCUGCAAAAGACAGUUCCCUUUAUGAACUAUAUUCGAGCUCAUCAGGAUAUCAUGAAAAAGCUGGUUGACCUGAUAGGAAUUACAUCCAUCAUGGUGGUUCUUAUUCGUCUGAUAUGUGCUGAUGAACAUCUUUACACCAGCUAUGUAGAUUCAAUGAAGUGGCUAGAAGAUACAGAUAUGUUAUAGAUGAUUGUUGAUAAGUUCAGCUCCACAGAUUGUCCUAAAGUGCAUGCCAAUGCAGCAGAAGUGCUUUGUGCUAUAACAAGAUAUGCCGCCCCAGGACUAGCUGCAAAAGUAUUCAGCCCAAGUUUCAUAGCAAGAUUAUUUCGCCAUGCUUUGGAGUAUUCACGGCCAAAGUCAGUUUUAGUUCAUUCAUUGUAUGUAUGCAUAUCUUUGUUGGAUCCUAAGAGGCAAGCAUCAGGGACGUAUUACGUUUACAACCAGCAGUCAAUUCGUGGAUCUGUAGUAACAGGCAAACCUGAGACUGUGGAAGUCAUGUUAGAAAGCCUAGGAAACCUGUUAAAGCUCUUGGAUGUUUCAGCAGAAGGAAAUUUUCUAUCUACAACUUACGGCAAGUUACAGCCACCUCUUGGAAAAAAUCGUCUGAAGAUUGUUGAAUUCAUUUCAGCCCUAAUGACUGUUAGUAGCAAAACUGUUGAGAAGGAGUUGAUCCGCCUUGGUGCCUUAAAACGUAUUCUGGAAUUAUUUUUUGAGUAUCCAUACAAUAACUUCAUGCAUCACCACGUUGAGCAAAUAAUGGAUUCUUGCCUUGAAAGCAAGAACCUUUCACUCAUUCAGCAUAUUCUUGAAGAUUGUCAACUUGUCAAGAAAAUUCUUGAUGCUGAGAAAAACGAUGCAUUGGUCGCUGAUCCAGAGAAUCCAACAGUCCCUGCUGAAGGAAGAACCCCAUCAAGGAAAGGAAAUGUUGGGCACAUGACACGUAUAUCGAACAAACUUAUUGAAGAAGGGGCUAAUAAUAGCUACAUACAGUCAUUUCUGCAGGGUGAUAGUAAAUGGGUAGACUGGCAUACAGAUGUACUUACUAAACGCAAUGCAAUCAAUGAUGUCAUCCAGUGGGAAUGCGGGAGACCUACUAGAGUUGGUGAUAAUGACGAUUACCAAAAUAGAGAUGAUGACAUGGAAGCUGUACCAAAAUCAACAGGAGACCUACUAAAGUUAGUGAUGAUGACGAUUACCAAUAUAGAGAUGAUGAUAUGGAAGCUGUACCAAACUUUCGCCAGUUGCCCCAACAUGGACUUACUAGAUGCAGAGGACGCCAUUGGCUUACUAGAUGUAAAGGACGCAAUUGGCAAUGAAAAGGAAGUCAGAGUAAGCCCACCAGUCAAAGCUGUAGCGCUAAGAAUGUGAUUAUAGCAAUUUUCAAGUUCGGUUUAGGUCACUUUCCUAAACCCAUAGGCCAUAGCAUACAGUCGGAAAUAUGGAUAAUGAUCCUUUUCUCCUCCCAUCAGGUUACAGUUGUCACUGGGUAAAUUGUCUACCAAUGGAGGAGUGUUCAUUUGAGAUGAAAUGGUUGUAUGUUUGAUAUUUUUAUCACUGAUAAGAAUAAAGAUAAUCUCGUUGAUUGGACAUAAUAUUGAUGAAACAUUUUGAUUUUUUUGCUCA